AUGAAUGAAACAAAUGAAAAUAUGAAUAUGAAAGCUUGGGCGUUCUCUCCAAGCGACGUGCAGGGUGUAGACCUCCAUCCUGCGAAAAGUAAAAUAAAGGCCAAAGCAAAGAAGACAAGGUUAGCAAGUUUGAAUGUUGGGACACUUAAAGGUAAAACGAGAGAAUUGGCAUCAAUGUUGAACAAGAGAAAAGUUGAUAUAGCGUGCAUACAAGAGACGAAAUGGAAAGGUCAGAAGACUUUAAUGAUUGGGGAUGGAAGUUUAAAAGAUGUAAUAGACUGCAAAUUCAUCCCAGGAGAAGAUAUAGCCGUGCAACACAAGCUACUAGUCAUGGAUUUACACAUCACAAUUAAAUCCACUCAAAACAAGAUAAAACUGGAACCAUGCAUCAAAUGGGAUGACAAGACAAAUUACAAAAAAUCCAAGAGAAUAGCUAAAAAGGCGGUGGCUAGGGCCAAAGCUAUGCCAUACGAUGACAUGUAUGAAGAACUACAUACCAAAGAAGGGCAAAAUAAAAUAUACAGAUUAGCCAAACAGCGAGAAAUGAAUUCUAGGGUUAUAAACGGAGCUCCAAAAGUAAUCAAGAAUAAAGAUGGCAAAUUGAUAAUAAAGGAAAAAGAAAUAAUAAAUAGAUGGAAAGAAUAUUUUCAGGAGCUUCUCAACUUUAAUCCCCACAUACUACAUUUAGAUGAACAUUCCCCAUGUCAAAACCUUAUCCAAUAA